AUGCCUACAGAGACACUUCAGACAGGUAGCAUGGUGAAACCUGUCAGUCCAGCCGUUACGUUCACAUCUGCGGUCCCCCUCCGCAUCCUGAACAAAGGACCAGAUUAUUUUCGCAGGCAAGCGGAGCCUAAUCCCAAAAGACUUAGUGCGGUGGAAAGACUAGAAGCUGAUAAGGCAAAAUAUGUAAAGAGCCAAGAGGUCAUCAAUGCCAAACAGGAACCUGUGAAGCCAGCUGUGCUCGCAAAGCCACCUGUCUGCCCCGCUGCAAAGCGAGCACUGGGCAGCCCGACCCUGAAAGUGUUUAACAACAAUGCAAAGACUGAGAGUGGUAUGCAGAGGGAGAACUUAAAACUUGAGAUACUGAAAAAUAUUAUUAAUAGUUCUGAAGGCUCCAGCUCAGGUUCAGGUCACAAACACAGUACCAGAAACUGGCCACCCCACAGAUCGGAUUCAGCAGAACUAAACCGACACUCAUUUGCAGAAUCCCUAAAAGUUUACCCCACCCAAGGUCGGAGCAGUCCUCAAGAGAGCAACUCAAAUGUCAGCAGAAGGCUGUUAGAACACUCAGCGGAGUCCUUCCUGCACGUUUCCCAUAGCUCAUCAGACAUUCGCAAAGUGACUAGUGUGAAACCUUUAAAAGCAAUACCUUGCAGUAGUUCGGCACCGCCGCUGCCCCCCAAACCUAAGGUUGCUGCCAUUGCCACAAUGAAAUCUCCCGAAAUUGACCCAAUAGAACCCUCCAGUUGUGGAGUCAGCCGGAGACCCUCCCUGCAACGGUCCAAAUCAGACUUGAGUGACAGAUACUUUCGUGUGGACGCCGAUGUGGAGAGAUUCUUUAACUACUGUGGCUUGGAUCCUGAAGAACUUGAAAACCUUGGGAUGGAGAACUUUGCAAGGGCUAACUCCGAUAUAAUAUCCCUCAACUUUCGCAGUGCAAGCAUGAUCAGCUCAGACUGUGAACAGUCUCAGGACAGCAACAGCGACCUUAGAAAUGACGACAGUGCCAAUGACCGCGUGCCAUAUGGCAUUUCUGCAAUUGAGAGAAAUGCCCGAAUCAUCAAGUGGUUGUAUAGCAUCAAGCAAGCAAGAGAGUCACAGAAAGUAUCUCAUGUGUGA